AACUGCAAUAUAUUCUUUAAGUAGAUUAAUGACUGAGUAGGUGAUAUCACGCAGGUACAUAUGUAAGUAUAAAAGCCGACCAGAAUCGUGGUUUAUAUAUGUCAGUUGAAAAAGUCCGUACGGAGUAGACAAGUUGGUUCUUCUUUAGAAUCAUGAAGCUAAUCUUGGUUGCCAUAAUAAUCGUCGCAUUAGCUGACGAAGGAAUAUCUGACAGGUCUAAAAUCGAUCCUCGUCUGCUCUCCAGGAAGUCAUCCGAAACAUCCAAUAUCUUCAUCACCUUCCACAACGGGACCGAAUACACUAUAGAACAUACCGGCAAGUCUCUAUUUCCCGGAAGAGCUGAAAAAAUUACGGCACUACACGACCGUCUUCGCGAACAUGCUAAUCAUAGCCAGAUCAAUGUGAUCGCCUACUUACAACGCAGAGAAAAAGGGCCAGAAACAAAGUUUCAAUCUUUUUGGAUUUCGAACGAGGUGUUUGUAAAAGAUGUAACGAUGGACGACAUUACUGCCCUCGCGAAGUUACAGGAAGUUAAAUUCGUCAGCUUAGAAAAAGUAAUUUUGUUAGACACCAUAGAUUCAGGAAACAUUACGCUAACAACCUUUCCAGGGGUGCAAUGGGGAGUUACAAAAAUCAAGGCACCUGAAGCAAUAAAUUUACUUAAGACCUCAUCUGUUAUUGCGUCUCAAGUCGUUGUAGGAGUAAUUGAUACUGGCUGUCGCUACACGCACGAAACAUUAAGGUACAAUUGGGUCGGUGAGUAUGGAUGGUUCGAUCCUUACGAUGGAAAUAUGCUUCCUUUUGACCUUAACGGGCAUGGGACGCACGUUACGGGUACAAUCUGUGGAAAAGGAGGUAUCGGUGUCUACCCUGAUGCAAAAUGGAUGGCAUGCCGGGGUUGUGAGGGCCGUACCUGUAGUCAAUCCAGCCUGGCUAGCUGCGCACAGUUCAUGUUUUGUCCAACAAAGGCAGACGGAAGUGGCUCGGAUUGUAGUAAGGCUCCAAUGAUUAUUAAUAACAGUUGGGCUGGUCCUGGUGGUCACACAUGGUAUGAUCAGUAUAUUGCAGCAUGGCUUGCUGCCGAUAUUAUCCCCGUCUUUGCAAUUGGGAAUUCUGGUACAUCUUGUAAUACUGCAGGGUAUCCAGGGGAUAAUAUACUUGUUAUAGGCGUCGGUGGCACGGCUAUUAAUGACCAAAUUUAUUCCUUGUCCUCUGUCGGGCCCGCUUUAAAUGGUGGAUUGAAGCCUGAUGUUUCAGCCCCUGGAGUUGACGUGUACUCUGCAUCUCAUCUUACUGACGACUUAUACACAACUAAAUCUGGUACAAGUAUGGCUGCCCCUCAUGUUAGCGGAUUGGUAGCUAUUCUACGGGCGUAUAACCCUAACUUGAGUACUGCUGAUGCCGUAACCUACUUGCGACAAGGGGCCGAAACAAACCUUGUAUCUUCAGGGCAGACUUGUGGUGGCAAACCAGACAACAUAUUUCCCAAUAAUCAUUUCGGCUAUGGCAGAGUUAACGCGUUUAAGUCGCUCCAAAGCUUGAUGUAUGCUUCCACCCCUUUCCGAUGCUUGACCGCUGGAAUCUAUGUAAAUUCUCGUAACUGUCGCAAGUAUUACAAGUGCGUUGAAAUUUGGGGGAAAUUGUAUACGUUUGACUUGACAUGCCCGCCUUGGUCUUAUUUUCAUAAGGAUAGAAAGAAAUGCAUUCUUGGAAAGUGCACAUAAUUUUUUAUGGCAGAUUUACAGAAUGCAUAAAUUUUUCUUGACGUGGCUAAAACCUAGUAAUGAUUAGGUUAAAUAAUUUGGAUUUAUUGGAAUGCAUGUACAUAUGUAUGUAAGUGGGUACAUAUUUAUUCCUCAAAUUUUAUGGUUGAGAAAAUGUAUUUUUAACAAAUGUCUACAUGUGUGUGCAAGUUUGUCAUGUCAAUUGUAAUCCAGACCUUUACCAAGCUAAAAUCCUUUAAAUAAAAUAUAUAGAUAUGUUCAUAUAAAUAGCAGUUUCAUAAAA